CUCCAAAAACCCGCCUUUCCCCAGAGAACGCGUCAUAUGACGUAACGACAGGCAAACAUAGGCGCUGCAGCCCUGGUUCUCAGUGUGGGUUUACGUAGUCUGAGAGGUGGAAACAGAAAAUAGAGAUUGUCGUUCUCGUUAUUAUAGUUAUAGUAGGUUUGAGUUGUCACAAUGGUGAAUUCUUGUGUUUGUUUUGGAUGCAACAACUCCAACUUGUCUGGCCAUCGGGUCCACCGAUUUCCAAACAAGAAACACAAAGAUUUCCGUGCUUGGAUACGUUUCGUCCAGGCAAAGAGAAGCAAUUUCGCUGCCUCCUCGUUGACAAGACACACGGUGGUAUGUGAAAAACACGUCACACCGGACAGCUACAACCAAGGAGAUCUUAUGGAAUUUCGCAUGGGAUUUCGACGAAAAGAGUGGGUUAGGCUGGCAAAUGGAGCUGUGCCAUCGGUGCAUGCAAGUCCACCUGCAAAAUCUGGCGGGAGUGAAGAGUCUAACGUUAAUGUUAGCACUAGCAGAGAAUCUGCGCGUCGAAAAAGGGAGCUUUGCACAGCCUGCGGAACUUGUGGUUAUGAGCGUUACUGGCAAAACCAAGAGAAGGUGCAUCGAAACAUGCCUGCCUGCAACCUUUUACUCAGCGGUGCCAUCCACUUCUCAGGUUGCAUGGCUUCUCAGACAAUCAGGAUGCUGAAGCUGUUUGGACUGCAGUGCAUAAGUCCCGGGACUUUUUUCCGCCAUCAGCGCUAUUACUCUAUCCCUACCAUCGUGCAGGCCUGGAGGACUGAGCAGAGGGGGAUCAUCAGGGAGUUGAAGGAGACUGGGGGUGGAUUGAUCCUGUCUGGUGACUGCAGAUCAGAUUCUCCUGGACACUGUGCCAAAUAUGGUAGCUACUCCUUGAUUGAGGAUCGAAUUAACAAAGUUUUGGAUGUUCAGCUUGUCCAAAGCUCAGAAGUCCCAAGCAGCUCUUGGUGUGAGCUAGAGGGUCUAAAGCGGAGUAUGCAGUUCCUGAUGGACCAAGACAUGUGGCCAAGUGGGUACGUGAGAAAAUGUGUUCAGAAGGAACAAGGCAUUUCUUUGACGUCUGGCAUAUUGGGAAAAGUGUACAGAAAGCACUGGAUGCUGCUGCAAAAGAGAGGGACUGUGAGGAUCUGAAGCUGUGGAGGUCAGCCAUCAUCAACCAUCUCUACUGGACCGCAGCUUCCACCCCUACAGGAGAUCCAGAUGAGAUGCAGGCAAAAUGUACAGGACAUACAUGAACACAGCACUCCUGCAUUUGCCAGCUGCGCACAUCCACCGUUGGAAGGAGAGGCAAGAAACAAGGAGUGGCUGGAACCAGGUACAACAGAUGUCACAUUUUUUUCAGUGCUUGUAAAUUUUAGUUUGGUUUUAUCAAUACAUAACCCCAUGUGUACUAAUAAUUACUUGUGUUAUGAAAUGCAAGGGAUUAUAUGACAGAAUACGUUUUAUUCAGGAUCACCAGCACCCACUAAACUGGAGAGUGUAGCUGCCAGGAAAGCACUGGUAAAGGAUAUUCGACAAUUGUCACCUCAGCAUCAGACAUUCUCCCUGGAGGCCUACCAUUCCCUCAUUCUGCACUUUGCUUCCAAACAUACUGGCUUUUCUUGGGAUGUACAGCAGGUAGUGUUAUCACUUAAAAGUAUCGAUACUAAUAAAUUAGUUUUUUUUUUCUUUUUUUUCUCAAUUUCAGGAAAUGAUGACAGAAUGAAUAUGGCUAAAAACUAAUGCAGUCUUGUAUAGCACACCAAAAUGUUAUAGAUAACAGCAUUACAUAUUGUUUGCAAAAAAAUAAUUGCAAAGAUGAGUCAUUGUCUUAGACCCAUUUGAACUGAAAACAUUAAUGUCAUAUAUUUAUGUUGCAUUUCACUGCAUUGGGUUAGCUUUGGAGACCUAAUGUUCUAACUACUUAGAAACCAUCUUACGGUUAGUAGUUUCACUUAGUUUUUCAAUAUCUUUUUUGUGUGAAUCUAUCUAUUUUUAUGUGAGUCAACCAUGUAACUAAAUGUUUUCUAAACAUUUCUCUCCUCAAGUAUACGCAACAAAUCUUAUGGUCUCUCUGGUAGAGGAAUACUGCAAGACACCGCAGGCCCUCUGCUGCACCGCCCACCUCACCUCUUCCGUCCAGAAGGUUGCCAAGGAUGAGGCAGUCAGCCUCCAUCUCGCACGACACUCACGUUUUAACAUGUAAUAAAAGAUCAAUUUUACCAGUAG